UAACUCUCACAGUCUCUCUCUUCUUCUUCACUUGACUCAAAACUCUAACCUUAGAUUCUCAGAUCCCAGAAACAACUAUGAAGAGCUGUAUGUGUGAGCAUCUAAAGACUCAGCCUUGGUGGGUUUUGGCUCUGUUCACUAUUGGCUCCUUGUCCAUACUCAGAUUCUCACUCUCUGUUCUCAACUGGGUCUUCGUUAAUUUCCUCAGACCCGCCAAGAAUCUCAAAAAGUACGGAUCUUGGGCACUCGUCACCGGACCCACCGACGGCAUUGGCAAAGCCUUCGCCUUUCAGUUGGCUCGCAAAGGCCUCAAUCUCGUCUUGGUCGGCCGGAGCCCCACUAAGCUGAAGGACGUCUCCGACGCCAUUCAGACCAAGUACGGCAAGACGCAGAUCAAGACAGUCGUCGUUGAUUUCAGCGGCGACUUGGAUGAGGGGGUGAAGAGGAUUCAGGAGAGCAUUGAGGGUUUGGACUUGGGGGUGUUGAUCAACAACGUUGGGAUGUCGUAUCCUUAUCCGAGGUACUUUCAUGAAGUGGAUGAGGAGCUGUUGAGGAACUUGAUUAAGGUUAAUGUCGAAGGCACCACUAAGGUUACGCAUGCUGUCUUGCCGGGAAUGUUGGAGAGGAAGAGAGGAGCUAUUGUUAAUAUUGGGUCGGCUGCUGGGAUUAUACCCUCUGAUCCUCUCUAUGCUGUUUAUGCAGCUACCAAAGGGUAUGUUGAUCAGUUCUCUAGGUGCCUUAAUGUGGAGUACAAGAACAAGGGGAUUGAUGUGCAGUGUCAGGUUCCAUUGUAUGUGGCAACAAAGAUGGCAUCUAUCAAGAGGUCUUCCUUCUUUGUACCAUCAACUGAUGGCUAUGCCCACGCAGCUUUAAACAGGAUAGGCUAUGAAGCUCGUUGCACUCCUUACUGGCCCCACACUCUUCUCUGGGCUUUGGCAUCCUCAAUCCCAGAGUCCAUUUUUGACGCAUGGCGACUUCAAUUUAGCUUAGGCAUCAGAAAGAGAGGACAACUGAAAGAUUCAAGGAAGAAGGAUUAGACCUUUUGACAAAUUUCUGUUGCGGAAACAGUUUGAUUUAGCAGAUUAGAACUUGUGAAAGUUGUUGUACGCUGAGAAGCCAUCGUCUGUUACAU